AUGCUCGUUGCCCACGCCACCUUGCUGCGCACUGCGCCGCUUGCAGCAGCAGCAGCAGCAGCUCGAUUGACAGGCGCCGGCUACAGGUCGUUCUCUGCUGCCGCCGACCCGCCGCCGCUGCCGCCGCCGCCACCGCCUAGCGGCGAGGCGAGCGAGGAGCGAGCUGCCAGCCUGCCACCAGAGCAGCUGGCCAAGGCGCUCCUGGCGGGCAACUGCAAGGCGCAGCUGACGACGGUGGUGGCGGGGCUGACCGGCAGCGACGAGAACAAAGUGACCAGCAGCGUGGCAUCGUACCUGGCGCCUCGAGGCGAGGCGCCCGUGGUGCUGCUCAGCAAGCAGGACAGCGAGCACCUGAUCAACCUGGGGGAGAGCGCAAAGGCCUCCCUGGCCACCGGCCACAUCAGCCCGCCCUGGUUUGUGCAGCGCCUGCGCGCCACCGGCUGGCUGCCGCGCCGCGUGGCGCUGCUGGGCUCCCUGCAGCCGCUGCCGGCCGCCGAGGUGCGCUUCGCCUGCGAGCAGGCCCGCAAGGCCUGCCGGGGCGCGCCCGCCCUGGCCGCGCUGCUGCCGCCAGAGGCGCGGCUGCCGGAGCUGGCAGGCUUCCGCCUGUCCUCCAUCUCGCGGUGCGUGUAUGUGGAUGCGGCGGGGCGGCAGCACGCGGUGGCUCCAGACGACCUGGACGGCGCGCUGGUGGACCCGCUGGCGCUGAGUCAGCACGACCUGCUGGCCGCCGUCAACGACACGCCCGAGUGGCAGCUGCAGCUGCAGCUGUUUGCCGCCGCGUGCCUGGGGGUGGGCACACGUGAGGUGCUGCUGGCGGAGGCAGACAGGCUGGGCUUCACGCUGCUGGGGCGCCCCCUGGAGGCGGCGGCGGCGCAGGGAGAGGCUGGGGCAGGGGCAGCCGCUGGGGCGGACGCUGGGGCGGCGGCUGCAGGAGGCGCCCCGGAGGGCGGCCCCCAGCAGCAGCAGCAGCAGCAGCAGCAGCGCUGGCGGCAGUUCAGGAUCGGCAGCGAACGGGAGCUGCGCGACGAAGAGGCCUUUAUGGGCCUGCUGGAGCAGAUGAAGGCAGAGGUGCAGGCAGCCGCUGGGAAGUAG